CAGAUAAUAUAUAAAUAGCCCCAAAACACAAAAUUCUAACGCUAAUUCUCCAUAAUCAUCAAAACAAGAAGAAAAGAAAUGGCGUGCACGAGUGUGCUGCGUUCUGUUUUGACAACAGACCCAUGGAUGAUUCCUCUCCAUCAAAACAGAGCCAUCAUCUAUUAUUCUCUCUCAUCGAGAAAAACCGUUGGAGUUUCAACCAGUAAGACACCAAGCAUUAGGGCUCCUGAAUUUCAUCACUUUGGAAGACCAAGACCCACUCAUGUUAAUUGUUUCAGCUCUUAUAAUAACAACAACAACAAUGAAGAUGACCAGGAUCAAGACCCCCCUCAAGAAGCUGUGCUCAAAGCUAUUUCUGAGGUAUCAAGGACAGAAGGGAGGGUUGGACAAACCACAAAUGUGGUUAUUGGUGGUACGGUAGCAGAUGAUUCUACUAAUGAAUGGCUUGCUUUGGAUAAGAAGGUAAACUCAUAUCCAACAGUUAGAGGAUUUACUGCAAUAGGUACAGGAGGUGAUGAUUUUGUGCAAGCUAUGGUUAUUGCUGUUGAAUCUGUAAUUCAACAACCAAUCCCUGAGGGUCGAGUGAGGCAGAAAGUAUCUUCAAGGGGCAAAUAUGUGUCGGUCAACAUUGGUCCUGUUCAAGUUGUUUCUAGUGAGCAGGUUCAAGCUGUAUACAAUGCCAUGAGGAGAGAUGAUCGGAUGAAGUACUUUUUGUAGUAUGAAACUCCUUUUGUUUUGUAUAGAAUGCUGAUAUGUGGGGCUGAACGAUUUGCCUCUCUUUUAAGAUUUCCAGUCUUUCUUUCUGAGUUAUGUUCUUUGAUAAGCGCAGGUGUUACUAGUUAAGAAAUCUUGAUUCAGUAUGAUCUGUUAGAUAUUUAUUUGAGAUGUAUAUUAUAAUGAUUUGAUAAUCACAAAAUAGGGAGCAAAUACCUUUUGUAAUUUCAUGCUUAAUCUACAAUAGAUAGAUUGGCUAUGGAUAAAAACUAUAUCGAGCAUGGUUAUGAAUUUCUUUCUUCA